UCAAUUACCUAUCCGCUUGGACGGUGUUCUUCCCCCAUUUUGCCUUAACCCUCAGGAUUCCUUGUGUUCGCCGAUACUUACCACGUGUCUAUUCCGUUUGUUCAGCUUGAAAUACAAAUCGCACCAUGGCCGAUGUCGAAGAACCAGGUAGCCCAGCUCCAGAUACUACUGAUAUCAGCACAGCCCUUCAGGAGGUUUUAAAGACUGCGCUGAAACAUGGCGUCAUGGUACACGGGCUCCACGAGUCCGCUAAGGCCCUUGACAAGCGACAAGCUGCGUUGUGUGUAUUGGCUGAGAACUGCGAUGAGCCCACGUAUAAGAAGCUUGUGCAGGCCCUUUGCUCCGAGCACCAGAUCCCGUUCUUGAAGGUCGACUCAAACAAGAAACUCGGGGAAUGGACGGGCCUUUGCAAAAUUGACAAGACAGGCAAGCCAAGGAAGAUUGUUGGAUGUUCCUGUGUCGUUAUUCAAGAGUGGGGAGAGGAAACACCUGCGCUCGAUUUCGUACGGGAAUAUAUUGCUAUGAGAGCAGCUUAAUUUUCUUUUAAAUACAGUUUUUUUUCCAACUAA